AUGAAGCGGUCGUCGGAGACUGCGUUUACACCGGAUGUGGAAGCCGAAGAGGCCGUAGAGUCCGAAGCGCCGGUUAUACACUCACCACUAAGGAUUGAUCAUGCGCGCAGCAUCUGGACCAGCCCGUUCACAUUGCCCUCGAAAACGAUCAAAAAUACCCACCGGAAUAAGCGCAGUUGGAUCUGGCUGGCUCCUUCAUCUAUGUGGUCAUUCACAGCGCGACUGACGCUGAUGAUGACUGAGAAACUCAACCAGGAAUCGCACAGCGCCCCAAAUCUCAUCGAUCGAGACAUCUAUCUCUUACAUUGGCGCCCCGCAGCACCGGACGACCAACCUGAUAUCCAUGGACUGCCGUCUUUGGACCAUGCUCUCUACUUGCUGAACACAGUGAUGUUCUACAUGGGGCAAAACUAUUUCCUGUUCGAAGAAAAGACCUUUCUGGGACAUCUCCACGAGUUCUACUACGGAGAUGCGGCUCAAAAGGCCAUGGAAUGUAAGCUAUGGUUUGUCCAAUUCCUCUUGGUGUUGGCAUUCGGAAGUGCCUUUGUUGUACAGCCUACCAAAAACACUAGGGAGCCCCCGGGAGCAAAAUACUUCUUACGGGCAAUGUCCCUCAUGCCGGAGCAUUCAACCCUGUGGAAGGACAGCGUGCUCGCUAUUGAGGUGCUGGGACUCGCAGGACUGUACUUGUAUUCCGUUGAUCAUCGAGAGUCCGCUCAUGUAUACCUGGGCCAAGCCAUACGAAUCGCACAAUUAGAGGGGAUGCAUACCCAGCUGCCUGAGGAGGAGCUCGGAGUCGACACAGUGACCCGCUGCCAUAAUCUGUGGUGGACUCUCUACCUGAUGGACCGACAUUUCUCGUCAUCUCUGGGGCUGCCGAUGAUUACCCAAGAUAGCGAUAUCACGACCUUGAUCGAUUCACCAACGGCCUCUUCGCGCAAUGCAACUCUGAGUCUUCGGGUUCGACUGUCUCAAAUGCUCUCAUUCAUUCUUUCCUCAAUCUACAAGACCGAGGAAACUCAACUCGGGAUAUUCCUCGAGCAGACGAGGUCGAUUCUCCAUACCAUGGCUGGGCUUGCCCAGGAAAUUGAAAGUGCGGUGUCAAUUGAGCUCCAGAAACCCCUUCACCGGGUGCCCAGAGAGACACGCCUGAUAAUGUUAAUAUAUCACCAGUGUGUUAUUGUUGCUACGCGCCCGCUCCUGCUCUCCGUUCUCAAAGAGCGGUUGGAGAAGUUAGGUCAUGGCGAAGAAGACUGGCAGAGCUUGCUGGUUGCUACUGAAGCACUGAUCGCGACCGGGAUCAAGUCAGCUGCAAAGACGCUGCAAUUACUGACUGAUGAAAAUGAUCUUCUAGAGGCAUUCCUGCCAUUUGACCUGGAAUACACAUAUGGAGCCGCAAUUCAUCUGAUGAUGGCACAUACCCUUUUCCCUGGGGCUGUGGAAGACUGUUCCCUCAACCAGGCGUACGCCAUUCUUGACGGGAUGAUCUACAAGGGGAACCAGGUGGCGGCCGCGCGGAAGGCUGAAUUGACGCAUCUCGAGUACCUGUUCCAAGAACUGGCCACGCGGAUUGAGCGAUGUGGUCUUCAAACCCUCACUCUACCGAGUCUACCACAGGAUGACCAUGCACUUGAAAAUUCCUCGCAACAGCGGGACAGUCAACUGCUCCCAAUACCUGAGCCAAAUCUACCGAUUGAUGGGGACCAGGAGCUCUUACCCUCCGAUCUCCCACCGACGGCCAGUAAUAUGGAAUGCCUGGAUAGUCUGGGAAUUUCAUCCUACGAGUUCUUUUCCAUUGUCGCGCAGAUUGGCCAUCAUGACUCGUAUAGCCUUCUUGAUCCUAGAGAGGCCUAG